AUGGAAGAGGUCAAGGCCGUGGAUGAGGACAUGGUCGUGGAAGAGGAAAAGCUGAGCAAAAUUUUUCUCAAGAAGGAAGAAAUCAAAAUUCUUCAAGAGGACAUGGAAGAGGAAGAUGAAGAGAAAGUAGAAGAGGGGACAAAGCUUAUUUUGCACAAGGAAGAUGUGGAGGAGCCCGCAUUAUUCCUUACGCUUAAGGAAGAACCCAAUGGUGAGAAGAGUACAUGGUACCUAGAUAAUGGAGCUAGCAACCACAUGACUGGCGAUAGAAGCAAAUUCGUGGAACUUGACACCAAAGUGAUGGGCCAUGUGUGCUUUGGUGAUGAAUCAAAGUUGGAGAUUAAAGGCAAAGACACAAUUUUGUUUGAGGUAAAGAAUGGGAGCCAUAAGGUUCUUCCUAAUGUUUACUACAUUCCUAAGAUGAAAAAUAAUAUUUUGAGUAUUGGGCAACUUAUGGAAAAUGGUUGCAAAAUAAACAUGGAAGAUCGCUUUCUUUGGCUUAGAGAUAAAGAAGGGAAUCUUAAUUCUAAGGCUUCUAUGACAAGAAAUCACAUGUUCUUGUUGGAUAUGAAGACCAUCGAAGCCAUGUGUUUAAAGACUUGUGUUAAAGAUCCAUCAUGGAUUUGGCACAUGAGAUAUGGACAUCUAAAUUUUGGGGGGCUUAGAGAUUUGGGAGCAGAGAAGAUGGUGAAAGGUAUUCCAACAAUUGAUCACCCUGAUAAUUUAUGUGAAGCUUGCUUAUUAGGCAAGUGA